CUUGUGGACGGCGGAGGAAGAGAUGUUGGGGCUCGGAGUGGCGCUUAGCCACCGAACACGGAAGAGUAGACACGAACACAAUGGCGUCGACUCGCGAGUUGAGGUCGACCGCGUGGCACUUCUUGGCAUGUUUUCUACUCAUCAGUAUGACACAUAAGAUACUGUAGCCUUACUUGUUAGUAAAAUACCCGGUUUGACCCAGACAUGUUGAAAGCUCUCGUGUGUUUGCGAUGAUCGCACGCUGGGCAGGCAAGAACUGGUUUAAACGAUGUCGUGGCGAUCAUCAAAUGCUCGGAGUGCAGGAAGCAGCGCGUGGCGCCAGGCGCUGGCGCCACUCCGACAGGAGGCAAACAUAAAGGGUUUCGCUUCGAGCGAGAAUCUCAAGUCUUGCAUUGACGCACUGAAGGCCGCGGAGGGCGACGCGCUGGAUCACGAGUUGGUGGAGGACCUCUCCUUCCUGGUCCAGCAGGCGCUCGGACCAUCGCCAUCUGCGGGAUAUGCAUCAUCUGGCCAGCUGCAAAAGGACACCUCAGCGGCUGCGGCGCUGUGUCGCUUGCUGCAAAGCGUGGCCAGCAGCGGCAGACUGCGGCUGCAUGCGCCCGCGGCUAACCUCACCUUGGGCGCGCUGAGGCGCUGGUCGGACGCAGCCUUCGACGCGGCCCCAGUUACAGCGGGCGGGAAGGAUGUGGGAGCAACAGACGGCAGCAGUGCUGGUGCGCCGGCUGGCGCCGGCGACAGCCAAUCGGGGACGCCGUGGGCAGCGGUCGGUGGCGAGGGCGGCACACUCGGCGCACCGGCGCCUGCGGCUCAUAACCUCCAACUGGAGGCGCUGGGGGCCCUUGCAGCGCUGCUUCCGGAACACCUUGGGGCACUGUCGGAGCACGAGCGGGCGGCUCAGCUGGCGGCGCUGCAGUCCCUACUGGUGCCAGUGGCGCUGCAGCAGCACGCAGGCGCGUCGAGCGGCCGCGCGCUAUCGGACUUGCUGGAGGCUCAGUGUCUGGCGCUGACGGCGCUGGCUGGAUGCUGCGCCGUGCGCGCCGGUGGCGCCGGCGGCGCCGCCAGCAGCGUACACAGCGGCCACGGGGGGCACGGCAGCGGCAGCGUCGGCGCGUCGGCGCAAGGUGGCGCGGGCGUCAGCAGCUGCGCGCUGAGCUCGGAGGAGGUGGUGUCGCUCAUAGCUGCGGCGGCGUCGCUGCUGCAGACGUGCGCCUCGUCUCGGACGCGCCCGGUGGAGGAUGGCAGCCAUUCGCGCAUGUAUGCGGCCCUGCUGCGCGCGCUGACGGCGGCGAUGGGCGCAGGCGCGGUGGCGGCGGGCAGUGGAGGGGGCGGUGGAGGCGGCGGCGCAGGUGGCGGAGGCGCGGCGGGCUCGGAGGCGACGCGGCAGGCGUGGGUGACGCGGGCGGGCGUGAUUGUGGAGGGUCUGCAGCGGCUGCUCACGUACGGAGUGCAGGCGUCACUCACCGCCUCUGCCGCCGCGUCCGGGUCUGCAUCGUCUGCCAGCGGCGCCGCUGCGGCGUCGGGAACAGGCGCCGUUGCCGCAGGCGCACGUGGGGCUGAAACCAGCGGCGGUGGGGGCGGCGGCGGCGGGCGGAGCUACCGGCCACCGCACCUCCGCCGGCGCGAGUCCAAUGCCGACGGCGGCUGGUCUGACAGCGACGUCAGCGACAGCGAACACUUCUCCGGACCGGCGUCCACGCCGCGUGGCGGCGGCGCCGCCAGCACCAGCGGCGAAGCCGGCGGCGCGGGGGCCGGGGUGACAGUGGACCGGUUUCGCAGCUCGCGGGUGCGGCUGGCAGCGCUGGGCUGCGUGAUGGCGAUGGCCAAGGCCGACACGCGCGCGCUGCAGCCGCACUGGCCGGCUCUGCUGCCGCUGCAGUCGCCACUGGCGCCGCGGCCGCUCACGCCGCACCUGCUCACCGCGCUGCUGUACGAUCCCCUCGUCAAGGUCCGGGCCAUGGCCGCCUCCACAAUCGCCUCCCUGGUGGACGGCCCGGCGCCACGAGCCAUCCUGGCGGUGGCGGAGGCGCCGCCGCCACAGCGGCCCUCCGCCGCCGCCUCCCGCGCCGCCAAAGGCGCUACCAUCGCCGCCGGCCCUCCUGCAUCCGGCAGCGGCUUCGGCUCUGUUAGCAAGGCAAGCACCAGCAGCAACGGCAGCAGCGGAAGCAGCAGCGGAAGCAGCAGCGGCCCGGCGAUCACCACGACCAUCGGCCCGCUGCCUGUGCGCGGCUUCCUCACGCUGUCCAUGAGCCUGGGCCAGCUGCUGCUGGGCGCGCACGCGGGGCUGCUGCAUGCGGUGGGCAACGAGCCCAGCACGCUGGUGCUGCCGGGCGUGCUGCGCGCGCUGUGCGUCAUGAUCGCCGCCACGCCGUACGAGCGCCUGCCGCCCGAGGUGCUGCCUGAGACCGUGCGGGUGUUACGUGCGCGCUGGGCACAGCUCUGCGCCUCCGCUGCCGCCACCGGCGGCGGCGGUGUGCUCAGCUUGUCGGCUGCCGGUGUUGCGGGCGGCGAGCUGGCUCCCAUCCACGCCGCCUACCUGGCCUGCCUGGCCGAGUGCUUCUCCACCAAGCAGCCCAUCGCCGGCCUCGCCGCCUACCUCUCGCCCCAGCAGCGCAUCUCGCACCCGCACCCGCACCCGCCCCACUACAAUUCGCAGCCAGCCGCGCACAUUUCAGCAGCUGGCGGCGGUGGUGGUGCUGCAGCGGCCAGCGAUGGGACAGGAGGCGGUGGCGGUGGAGGCGGCGGCGGUGCGGCCCAGCUGGUGACGGAGCUGCUGGUUCUGGGGCAGGACGGCAGCGCCAGCGCUCUGCUGCGCAUCGAGGCGUUGGGUGCGCUCAAAGGGCUGGCGCAGCACUACACCUUCGCCAUGCCGCCAGAUGCUUGGGAGGCGGUUCGCGGUACGGCCACGGUGGGGCUCUCUCCAGCGGCGCCGCUCGCCUCGCCACGCGGGGCCCGGCCGGGCUCUGGGCCCAGUGGGCCGCCUUCUCGCACCUCGUCCUCGUCGUCACUUGCGGCCGCGGCAGGCGUUGCCGGGGGCGGCAGCUCUUGGCGAAGCAGCGCACAGCCGCAGCAGCGGGUGCCAAGCGGACCGCCGGCACCGGCACCCCAGGCCGGCGGCGCGACGCCCGAGGACAAGGCAGCGCAGCUGUCCGUCAAGCUGGUUUCCGAGUACCUGGCGGCGUUAGCCCGCCAGUACGGCAUGAGCCGGACCGACGCGGCCGCCGCGGCGGCAGCCGGCGACCCUGACCUGCCGGCAGCGGCGGCGCCGCCGCCGCCCUCGCCGGGCGUGGUGCCGCUGGCGGCUGCGCCACAGCGGCAGCAGCAGCUGCGGCUGCAGCUGGCGGGGGCUGCGGGGGUUGCGGGAGCGCUGUCGCCUGUGAGCGUGGCGAGCGAGGAGGAGCGUGGCGCGGGCGUGGCCCGGCUGGCGGGCAUGUGGGGCGAGGCGGUGUCACUGCUGGUGCCGGCCGCCACCUCGCACAGCUCAUUCAUGGUCCGCUCCGUGGGCCUUACCUGCCUGGGCGAGGUGCCGGAGCCCGUCUUCUCCAGCCUCCCGCCCGCGCUGCAGCAGCAGGUGCUGGCGCUGCUGUCGGCCGCAGCCGCUGCCGACCCGGUCGCCGCCACGCGAGCUGCCGCCUGCAAAGCGCUGGGCGCCGCCGCCGCCUUCCCCGCGGUCCUGGCGCACGCGGGCCUGUCGGGCCAGGUCAGCCGCGCGCUGGCGGGCUGCCUGCGGGACACGGUGCUGUCGGUGCGCAUCGCGGCAAGCUGGGCCGUGGCCAACCUGUGUGACGCACACCGCCGGCGGCUGCUAGAGACGGCAGCGGCAACGGCGGUGGCUGGCCUCAGCGACGAGCGCGCCGCGUCGCAUGAGCUUGCGUCGACGUCAGCGUCGCCGCGGCCGCAGGCUUCGCCGAGGGGCAAGGCAGCCGCCGCCUCGCCACAGGGCAGCCGACACGCAGGGCCUGCGGCAUCGACAUCAGCAGCGGCUGCCUCGUCAUCUAGGUCAGCAGCGGCGCUGCUUGAGGCGCACCACUACGCGCAGGUCGGGGCGCUGUGCGCCGCCGCCAUCACCGCCACCCAGGACACGGACAAGGUCCGUGCCAACGGCAUUCGCGCCGUCGGCAACUUGCUGUCCUUCCUCACGCCCGACAUGACGCCCGGGCUGGCGGCGGCGGCCGCCGCCGCCGGGACAGGGCACGGCGGCGGCGCGGAUAGCAACGCCGCCGGCGGCACGGGACGCGGUGGCUUUGGUGGGUCGCCUGCAGCGCAACACCGCCCAAUGGGCCAUGCUGACGGUGGCUCGGAGCUGAGGCCACAGGGCGGAUGGUCCUCGGGCCGGGGGCGGGGCGGCCGCGGCCAGCCGCAGCCGCCGCAGCCGCCGCAUGCUCCCGGCUCUGGCGGCGGAGCCGCCAGUGCUGGCGGCGGCGGUGGCAGCGUGCAGCUUGACGGCUGGCUGGACAAUGCACUGACGUGUCUGCAGUCCAGCCUGACGACGGGCGGCAUGAAGGUGCAGUGGAACGCUUGCUACGCGGCGCAUGGCUUGCUGCGCAACGGCCCGCUGCUGCCGCACCCGCGCGUGGGCGCACGCGUGGCGCAGCUGCUGCUGCUUCUUGUGAUGCUGGUGCGCGAGAGCGCCAACUUCAAGAUCCGCACGCACGCCGCUGCGGCGCUGGCGGCGAUGCCCACGCGCGAGGGCUACGGAGACGUGCUGGCCGAUGCACUGCUGGUCGUGGCAGCGGCUCUGGAGGGCCUCAGCAACGGCGCGGGCGGCGCUGCCGCGCCGCCUGCGCCGCCAGCAUCUGGCAAGGCGGGCGUUGGCGGCGGAGCCGCUGCGGCGGAGGCAGCCGCGGGUGAGGUCAGCGGUGACGGUGAGGCUGACGGCAAGUUCCCCAACUACCGCUACGCUGCGGGGCUGACGGCGCAGCUGCGAGCCACGCUGCUGCACCUGCUGGCGCUGGCGGCGCCGGCGGACGGGCGGCGGGUGCGCGAGGCGCUGGCGCGCCGCGCCGACUUCCUGCACGGCGUCAUGCGCGAGCAGGUGCUGGAAGCUGUGCAGCCGCUGCGGGCAGCUAUGGCGGCGGCGGCCUCGGCCGGCAGCAGCCUGGAUGCGGCGGCGCCGCUGCCAGUGGACCCCUUUGGGCUGUCGAGCUUUGGCUCAGGCCCGGGAUCGGCGGGCCGCGGCGCCAGCCCGCGUGACGCCGCCGGCGCGUGGGGCCUGGCAGGGCUGCUGGAGGGUCUGAGCCUGCAGGGCUCAGGGCUGUUGGACCUGCGGGCAUCACCCUCGCCGUCGAUGUUGUCGCCAGCGCCCUCGCCGCGGAAAGCUGGUGGUGGCGGCGCAAGCGGGAGGGCGUCUGCAACAGGCUUGCCUUCCUCGGGAGCAGUCAGUGACAGCGCGGUUCCAGCGGCUGCAGGCCAUAGCAAAGCGGCCAGUGCUGGUGCUGCUCCGGGUGCUGCUGCGGGUGCUGCUGCGGGUGCUGCUGCGGGAGGCUGCACGCGUGCUGGGAAGCCGCUGCUGUCAGUGGAGGUUGCGCAUGUGGGCAGUGGCCUGGGCCUGGCGGCAGGGCCUGUGGUGGACGAGACGCAGCGCGCAGCAGUGGCGAAGCUGGCGGCCCUGUCGGCGCCGCUGCGGGGAUUUGAGGGGCUGCUGCAGCAGUUCGGGCCGGGCAGCGAGGCGGUGCUGCGGGAUGUGCAGGCGGCCGUGGCGCGCCUGCCACUGCCCGGCGCUGCUGGUGGCUUAUAGCCAGGGGUUCCCCUGGUUGUAGGAGAGCAGGUGCUUCGUGAACAGUAUGUGUUUGUUUGUGUGACCCGAAGCUCGUGAUGGAACAUGGCAAGGGGCAGGAAAGCGUAGUCCCGAUGUGUGUGGCUCCCACCCGUGCCCACAUAAAUGCGUAGCAAGAAGGGACAAGGCAUUGGUGCGUCGUUCGCGCGCUGUUACUGUACCGACGGUAGCUGGCAGGUUGUGUCGAUGUUUUGCUGACGCGCAUUCCUCACGCUCCGGGCGCCCGGCCAAGGCGAUAGCACCACACAGACUCAAUGCGACGCCACACCGCGCGGAUAGCAUAGCCGAUGCGCACCUGCAGGCAGUCGACCGGCGUCCACGGAUGAGCUGUGUAGACGAGCACUAGCGUAAUGCAACGGCGUGCAGCAAAACAAUGGCCGGGCGACAGUGUGACAAACAGGGGCAAGAACAAGGCGAAGCAAAGCAGAAGAGGGGCCCGAAUGUGUACGACAAUUGUGGCGGGCAGGCCGAAUGCGGUGCAACACGCCAACAACACAACCGGAGGUGAGGAAGCGUUGCUGAUGGUGAGGAUAGGUGCUGCGACGUUCGGUAGGGGAGCUCGUGAUUCGUGUUCGGUAGGGGAGCUGUGGCCGCGCACUAGUUGGGAGGAAGUUUCCGAGGCGUUGUGACCCGAAGCGGUGUGACCCGAAGCGGGCGUGAGAGGGAGGCGCAGUGACUUGCAAGGUCCUGGGAAAGAUGUCCAAGAGACCCAAACUCCCAGUGCCCCUGCCCCUUGCUACUUGUGCACUCAAGACAUGUGUUUGUAUUCCCUCAAAUGCCUCCCAUUUAUGAAAUCGCU